AAAAGGUGCGGGUUUAUGUGGAGUCAGAUAAGGGAAACAGUGCUGAGGGAAAGAUGUGAAGACGUGAAAACAAGAUCUUCCCAGGAAAGCAUGAGAGCGAAGAGAGGUAUGGUGAAAGACCUCUCUGGGUUGUAUGAUGGAAGGACUGAGAAAGGAAAGAUCAAUAUGCAGCUCUAGGCCCUUCCCAUGGCUCGGUCCCCCCAAAACAGAGGCCUCAACCCUGCUAUGGAAAAUCAAAGACUGCUUCCCCUCCAAUGAGACAACCCCCACACAUCAAACAGAUAAAGAAAACAAUUACAUGGACAGCAGAAGGGCUGUGCUGGAACUGAAAGAUGUCCCUCCUCCUCCUCCGCACCAUACGUCCUCCUCCAAAUCAUCCCAGCCCUUCCCUAUGGCCCCCCUCCCCAUGCUUCCUCCCUGCUUGCCGCCUCCUCAGCUUACACAAGACUCGCUCCAACCACAACAGCCACCACAACAACAAGAGGGGGCUAGCCCCAAAGUAAGCAUUUACACGCACUGUGACUACUGUAGCACAGACAGCUAUGGGUUAUUGGACGGUGGAAGUGUUGUUGGUAGCAGAAGCAGCAUGGCUGGUGUUGUCUCGCUCUAUAUGGCCCCAGGCACUCUGGGAGCACCCAGCAGCAGCAGCAGCAGCCCUGGCCCGGUCUGCUCUGUAUCCUCAUCUGUUCAUCAGUAUAAACAUCACAUGAGCUCUGGAGGUGAAGCUCUUGACCCUUUGCACACUCUUGGUUACAAACCUCAGCUGUCCUCUUCUGUCGCUACCUCUCAGCCAGUUCCAUCACACCUCUCCUGCUGCUCAGGGCUUCUCCACAACUACUCAGCUGGUCCUGUUCCAUGCAGCCAGCCAAACCUGUUCCACUCCCCAGCACCUCUGUCUUCCUCUCUCCCCUGUGUUUCCUCUCUACCCGCUCCCUUGCAUGCCUCUUGCCUGGCCUCUUCUGGCUACUACACCUGUGGUGUGGACUGCUGCCCGUCAGCCAGAAGAGCUCAGAGAAGCACACUGGGUGAUCGCCCAACUACCACCACCAUCACCACUACAACCACCUCGGCGCACUUCUGCUCUAACCCUAUGCACCUCAAUGUAGAACGCACGGUUUGUGUGAAGGGGGCGCACUACUGCCGGCAGUGCGUCUUUAAGCCUGUGAAUGGUCUGUCGUCAGAGUCAGAUGCAAUGUGGCCAAAUGUUCCUAUUCCCCAGACUGCUCCCAUCCCUAUUUGUAAUGGCUGUGGCACUUCCUCUGACGGCAUGAUGAUCAUGCCAUCAAACAACCUUGGCAAGACUGGCCAGAAGUAUGGUUCGCCAGAGAAUGGGGGUCCUGAGAACAUCCCUCCGGUGGGGGUCUUCUGGGACAUUGAGAACUGCAGUGUGCCAAGUGGACGCUCUGCUGGAGCCGUGGUGCAGCGUAUCCGCGGCCGUUUCUUUCAAGGCCACCGUGAGGCCGAAUUCAUAUGCGUCUGUGACAUCAGCAAGGAGAAUAAAGCUGUCAUCCAAGAGCUCAACAACUGCCAGGUUACUGUUGCACACAUCAACGCCACAGCCAAAAAUGCGGCGGAUGACAAGCUUCGGCAGAGCCUGCGCCGCUUCGCUGAGACGCACACCGCACCGGCUACUGUCGUACUCGUAUCCUCGGAUGUGAACUUUGCAAGUGAGCUGAGUGACCUGCGCCAUCGCCACGGUUUCCAGGUUGUCCUUGUUCAUGGCAGCCAUGCAUCUCCAGCGCUGCUGCAGCACGCCAACCGUCACGUGGCCUUCCAGGAGAUUACCGCAGAUCUGCCUCCGCGUAUGCUUGUCAAAGCACAGCCCAGUUUCAACCUCCUCUAUGUGCACAACCUCCCUGUGAACUGUGAUAAGAGCCUGCGGAACGCUGUGAAGCUCAGGCUGCGCCGCCUGUCAGACAACUGUGGCGGCAAGGUGCUGGGUGUGUCCCAGGGCACAGCCGUCCUCCGUUUCGGCAACAAUGAGGCAGCUGCACGCGCCCGCAAGCGAAUGGAAAAUGAGGAUGUGUUUGGCCGCAGAAUCAGCCUCUCCUUCUCCCCGCGGCCCAGAGAUGCUGCGAGUCCAGAGCCUGAGCUUCAGUCUCGGCCCCUUGACUUGCUUCAGCCUAUGACUCUUCCCCACACCAAUCAGAGCCAGGAUUCAAUGUUUGGCCCGCCCCCAUCCAUUUCCUCCUUCUCCUUUCUGCCCCUGGAGAAGCCACGGUCACCCAGGAGGCCACGGCGAGCAAACCGCUCAGGCCACGCCCCUGGCCCAGAGCCUGAAAGGCCCUACAGCCCCAGGAGGGGGUGUAGUGGGCCUCCCGGUGGUGCUCCAGCCAAGCCCCAUCAGGAGCUGGGGAGUGUGAAGGGUUUCCACACCCUGGAGAAAGGACGCGCCUCUUCCUCCUCCCCCCACAGCAACGGAGAGACCUCCCUGCAGAUACUGCCAAAGCCUGGCCUCAUUGGAGAGUCUAUGUACAGGAGAAGAAGAGAGGGCUCCUAUCCCCACAGUGGCACAGAGUCCCCUGUAGAACAAGGGGAUGGGGGCUCAGGGGACUUCCAGAUCAGCACACCCUCAGCCUUCAGCAAGCUGAACCUGCACAGGAGCUUCAGCCCCCUCGUCCUGUCCCAGGGCUCCUGGUCGUCAAGGAGUGCAUCGCCCUGCCUGUCCAGCCGCUCCUCCCCCCUCCUGACUGCCCCUCGGAGCCCGUGUGCUGAAGGAGCUGCCUCUCACUUCUCAGAUGGGGCAGAGGUGCAGGUGGCCAACCUGGACUACAGAAUGUCCCGCAAAGAACUGCAACAGACCCUGCAUGACACCUUCUCCCGUUACGGGCGGGUGAAAGCCGUGGAGCUCAGCCCGCACACGGACUAUCAGAUGAAGGCCACUGUCCAGAUGAUGUCCCUGCAGCAGGCCAUAAGUGCCGUCAGCGGCCUUCACCGCUAUAAGGUCGGAGGCAAGCGCAUUCAGGUGUCUCUGAUCACCGGGGGUGGCAGCAAGUCCCUCACUAUGCUCAGCACAGAGAUCAACCACAUUCUUCAGGACGCACCUGCCAAUUGCCUUCCCCUCUUCAAGUUUACAGAGAUCUAUGAGAAAAAAUACUCCCGUAAGCUUGUGGUGGGGGAUCUGUACAGGCUGCCUGAGGUGGUGGCAGUGCGGGAGCAGGGGGGCUCGAGGCUCGUGUGCUUGCUGCCCAGCAGCCAGAGCCGUCAGAGUCCUCUGGGAUCCUCCCAGUCCCAGGAGGCGUCCUCCUCAACCAGCGGCAGCCCCGUGGUGUUCGAGGAGCUUGAGUACCAUGAACCGGUCUGCAGAGACCACUACACUCAGAGGGACUUCAGUGAGGCUGACUUUGACCCGGACUCCUAUAAAAUCCCGUUCGUUGUGAUGUCUCUGAGCACCUUGGCCUCCGAGGUCCACAGUCUGCUGCAGUCACAUGAGGGAACGCUUCCAUUACUCAGUUUUCCAGACUGCUAUGCAUCAAAGUUCCGCCCUCUGCAGCUGGGCAAUGAGACGCUGCAUGACGGUGUUCCUCUGGAGCACCUCAUCACAUGUGUUCCCAGCAUCACUAUAGUCACGGCUCAGAACGGCUUCAAAGUCAUCAAGUGGAUCCACAACAAACCGCCAGCCUCGAACUCCGAGCCGUGGAUUCAGCGCUGCAAGAGUCCCGUCGGAAACCCACAGCUCAUCCAAUUCAGCCGAGAGAUUAUCGACCUGUUGAAGAGUCAGCCUUGCUGCAUCAUGCCCAUGAGCAAGUUCAUACCCUCCUACCACCAUCACUUUGCCAAGCAGUGCCGCGUCUCCGACUACGGCUACUCCAAACUGCUGGAGCUCCUGGAGGCCGUGCCGCACGUCCUGCAGAUUUUGGGCAUGGGUACCAAGCGUUUACUGACUCUGACUCACCGUGCUCAAGUGAAGCGCUUCACCCAGGACCUGCUCAAACUGCUUAAAUUUCAAGCCAGCAAACAAGUGGCCAUCAAGGACUUCAUGCAGGCAUACCAUUGGUGCUUCUCCAGAGACUGGAAGGUAGUUGACUACGGCAUAUGUGACCUGGUGGACCUACUGACGGAGAUCCCCGAAACCACCAUCACUAUCACACAUCAGGACACGGAUACAGUCAUCUCUGUUCCCAAGAGAGAACGCACUAUGGACGAAAUGGAGCGCACUAAGCAGUUUGGAAAGGAGGUGGUGGACCUCCUCCGUCACCAGCCUCACUGCCGGAUGGCCUUCAGUAAGUUCAUCCCCACCUACCACCAUCACUUCGGCCGUCAGUGCAAGCUCAGCUACUACGGCUUCACCAAACUCAUGGAGCUCUUCGAGGCAAUCCCCAACAUACUGAUGGUGUUGGAGUGUGGAGAGGAGAAAGUGCUUACUCUGACAGAAGUGGAGCGCAUCAAGGCUCUGGCAGCGCAGCUAGUGAAGCUGCUGCGCGCUCAGAAGAACUCCAGCCUUCCCGUCAGCCAGCUGCUCACAGAGUACAGCAAGACCUUUGGUUACGGCCUCCGCCUGCAGGACUACGAUGCCAGCUCCCUGCCCGCUCUGCUGAUCAAACUCUGCCACGUCGUCAAGUUGGUUGAUGGCUCGACGGGUCGGGAGGUUCAGCUCAUCAACAGGAAGUCUCUGCGCUCGCUCACCUCCCAGCUGCUGUCCCUGCUCAUGUCCCAAGAGGAGGAGCAGGUCAGCCGGGGGCUCAGGGUGGAGGAGCUGAGCCAGCAUUACCUGACUGCCCACAGAGCCACGCUCAACCCGUGUGAAUACGGCUUCCUCUCCCUCAGCGAGCUGCUCAAGAGCCUGCCCUACUUGGUGGAGCUGUACCUUGAAGAGAGUGAGGACUCUGCCAGUGUUUGUGAUGAGGAGCGGGUGAGGCUGACCAGGCUGUACCAGUUUGCCCGCAACGUCCGCAGCCUGCUCCACACCUACCACUACAACCAGAUCUUCCUCACCGAGUUCCAGGGGGCUUACAACAAAUUCACAGGCCACAGCCUCGAGCCCCGCUCCUACGGAUACAUCGGGAUCGACGAUCUGCUCAGCGCCAUUCCACAGGUGGUCUGGAUCAAAGGGCACGGGCACAAGAGGAUUAUCGUUAUGAAGAACGAUAUGAAAGUAAGGGCAAGCUAUUCAGUUCCCAGCAGCCCGCAGCUAGGAGAGAACACGGAGAGCCCGAGAGAUAGCCCCAUAAGCAACACGACUUCAGGAACCCAGAGUCCAGGUUGUGAUGUAGCAUCAGCGUCGGAGCUGCUGUGUCUCACUUCCCCCGACGACCUGCUCUGUGGUCCUGUACCCUCCUGCCUGCCCUCCCCUCAGCUCCACCCAGACCCCAUCCUCCUCCUCCAGGAGAAGGACCUGAUUCACUUUGAGGAGAAAACCCCACCACCAGAGAGCGGUGAUCCUGACGCUGCCGACGAGUCUGCAGUCCCCAAACCUGACAUGAAGCUCCCCCUGUCCACAGACAGUCCCGGCAGGAGAGCCACGCGCAGCAGAAUUAGACUCGCUGCCAACUUCUCCUUCAUGGCAGGCCUCUGAUCCUCCUCAUACUAACACACACACAGCAAUACUACAUCACACAGUUUAACUCUUAAUCAAAGAGUUGAGCGGCGACACUGAACACACCACACAGCCGAAGAGCGUAAGGCUGCUGCUUUCCUCUCUCCUCAUCGGCCAUCUUUGUUGUCUUUGGUUUGCUAAUUUCACAAUCAUUCUGUGAUUCUGAGGAUGUCCACCACGCUUCGUCUUGCAGACUUCCUGCAGUUCUUUUAUUUGCCAAAUGAACUUACUGUAACAUGUUUGAUUUCUCAAGGUCAACUUACCGUUUCUGUGAAGUCUAAAUAGGAGUUGCCACUGCAGAGUAUAAGAUAAUGGGAGAAAAGCUAGGGAUAAAGAACUGUCUUCUAUGUUAAAUCCAACAAAUGUAGUUUUAUGAAAUUAGAAAAUUACGAAGAGAUGUUUUGUUCAAUCAGCAGUCAACCUUCAUUUAUACAUCCUUGCUGGAUCCCCUAAGACGGAGCAUUUCAUUUAUUCAUUUUUAAACUCCUUUCAGAUUUUGUGAGACUUUGCUUUUUAGGUAACCGUAGAUAUGUCAACAGAACUGGCUGCUGAGCACCAGCGAACACAUGGGUGAAGUUUCCAAACGGGUCGCUUCUCUUUGAGGUAUUUUCUCUUCUUUGUUAGGUAGCCUCAGGACAGUAUUUUCAGUUCCUUUUAUAUAAAACGCAGAGUAUUUAUUAGUCUGUGGAAGCCCGAGUGUGUGGUGUAUUUUGAUGACAUAUGAGUUAACUAUUCAGAUUGUGGCUUAAUUUAUAAGAAGCCAUCAGCUUUUGAACGGUUGACGGCGAGGUUUUGAUUAAUAUUGUGAUUUAAAAUCUGCUCUCAGGAAUUUGUAUUCUUGUUGUAUUUGACCUUAUUUAUUGCAAAGAUUUUGGCUCUUCUCUGAAGGUCCUCUCCUGAAGACCUGAAACGAGGGGGGGGGGGGGAAAAAGUGGCUCUCUAAUACUCGGGGGGUCGAGAUUUGUGCUGGGGUGGCAGGAACUGAGAUGUACAACUUUAGCCAGCAGUUUGUUUUGUUUUAGCUGCGGUUUGUCUGUGGGGCUUACACCAGAGUAGGUGGUGUGAAAUAUGCAUGGUGUGCAUAAGUGAGUUUAUGCAAGGUGUAAGCCCGGGAGGAGCAGGCGAAGGACCGGUCUUUAAGAUCAGACUUUUAUUUCCAACGUGUUUUAGGAAUCUUGGAGUCGGACUCACCCCCUGCCUCAAAAACGCUCAAGGUUUCUAGAGUUAACCUUGUCGCUGGUCAGUCUGUGGGGGGGGGCGUCUACUGCCUGAGUCCGUGGGGAGCGGCGAGCACUCCCCGAGUUUUUUGAUUUUUAACGACGAGGUGAUUGGUUGUGAGAUGGAAAUAGAUUGGAUGGGGAGGCGGUAGGCUGUUUUUGUGGAGCACCACGGGGGCUCUGGGCGGCCUCCUGAAGAGACGACGUGCACACAGAGGACCCUCUGCGGCUCUCUGGAACCUGCCGGGCUUUUACAAUGGCUUGUAUUUGCCGCGGUGCCAAAGGAAUCGACAUCUCCCCCCAUUCCCCUACCCCCUGCAUCUCACAUAGUUUUUACUUACCGAUGUGUGUUGGUUUCUCCGUUUUUCCUAAAGUGUUUGCUGGAUGCCCUAUUGCCACCCAAAAAGUCGGCUGCCGUGACGUUAAGCCCGACCGCUGAAGUCUAAAGGUUGUUUGUGUCCGGAGAAAAGGGUUAAACAAAAUGGGUAAUAGCCCAUUUAAUCAGUUUCUGUCCAGGUUCGGUCACCUCCUCAGCCAGGGUUAGUAAUUUUGUUUGUCGGACUUGGUUUGGAUUUAAAAAGCCUUUUUAAGCUGAGAUUUCCACCUGCUGACUCGCCAAAAUGUCAGAAAUGUUUUUAAUCGGGGCUGUUCGGGAUCUCAACUGCAUUGUUUUACUGACCGUCUGGAAACUUCUUUACAUUACGGAACAAGCAGAUUAGAAUAAUUAAUUAUUUAGAAUUGUUGUCGAAAAGGGGCUGAAAAUGCUCAAUGAAAAAUGUCUAGGUUUAAUGAAGCAGCAAGGAUGUUACUUUUGAGACUUUGGCCGAACCCUAGCUCUCCCUCAGUACUGCAGUGGCACCUGACCCAUUUUAUUCACUUCUGUUUAGCUUUCCCUUCCUCUCUGUUUUUGUUACAUCACUGAAAAGCUAUUGUACCUGUCAAAAUAUGCACUUUUGCAUAGUUUUGGUUCAUGAAAUACUGUGAAAUUAGCUAAUGGACUUGGAGGAGUUGAAUGUGUUUUUGUGUCUUUAUUAUUCUGUUUUCACGGUGCACUACAACAAAAUGUGUCCUUUAUUCAGCAGUGUCGUUACAACUCUUGCCUUGUGAUUAUUUUUUGUUUAAUGUUCCCCCCCCCCCUUCCUUAAACUGCCUCACUGCACCAGAAGUCGCUGUGAAAGUCUAACGUUGUUAUAAAGGGACCAAAAAAAGAUUUCUGUUAAUAAAUUUCACAAGCAUCAAA